UACGCUUGUUUCCUUCGCGCGUGUGGGGCGGGCGGACAAAUGGGCAGAGAACGGCUGCGAUCCGAGCCUUCUCCUGCGGACCCGAACCCGGCCACUUGUCUUUUGCCAUCGAGGCUGCCUCUCAUCAGGCCUGGCCCCAAAUUUCCUGACUGACUGAACCUGGCCCUGACUGACGCCCUGACAGUCUGAUUUCCACACAUAGCGCCUGGCCUGAGUGGAGUAGAGAAAGGCACAGACACCCACGCACCGUACCCGGCUUUCUUUCUUUCUUUUCUUUUUUUUUUUUUUUUUUGAGACGGAGUUUCACUCUGUCGUCCAGGAAGGAGUGUAGUGGUGGGAUCUUGGCUCACCACAACCUCCGCCUCCAGGGUUCGAGCAAUUCUCCUGCCUCAGCCUCCCGAGUAGCUGGGAUUACAGGUGCCCACCACCACACCAAGCUAAUUUUUGUGUUUUUAGUAGAGACGGGGUUUUACCAUGUUGACCAGGCUGGUCUCGAACUCCUGACUUUGUGAUCUGCCUGCCUCGGCCUCCAAAGUGUUGGGAUUACAGGCAUGAGCCACCGUGCCGGCCUCAUGUCUUUUCUAUUGUUUUUUUGAUUCAGAAUCUUGCUCUGUCGCCCAGGCUGGAGUGCAGUGGCCUGAUCUCUGCUCACUGCAACUUCUGUCUCCUGGAUUCAAGCGGUUCUCUUGCUUCAGCCUCCCGAGUAGCUGGACUUACAGGCACGUGCCACCAUGUCUGGCUAAUUUUUAUAUUUAGUAGAGACGGGGUUUGAACAUGUUGGCCAGGCUGGUCUCGAACUCUUGACCUCACAAUCUGCCUGCCUCAGCCUCUCAACGUGCUGGGAUUACAGCAUGAGCCACCUCGCCCUGCCCCGACUUCAUUUCUUUUCUGCUACCUCUUUCUCAAAGGACUCCAGUUGACACACAUACCAGUUAGGAGCCCAGGCCCUCCAGUUCUGCUCCCACAGCCCUGCCCGCAUCCAGCCCCUCCAGGUGGACAUGCCCCAUGUAAAGUGCAAAGACCAGGAGCUGCAGCCCUUGGGGGAGAGCAAGGUGCAUCAGCAGUUCGAGGAGAACCGUGAGGAGGAAGCUGGUGGAGGGCCAGAUAGUGCCAGCCGCCAGCUGACAGUGCUGGAAGGGAAGUCGGGACUCUACUUCUCCUCUCUGGACUCAAGCAUCGACAUCCUGCAGAAGAGAGCCCAGGAGCUGAUCGAAAACAUCAAUGAGAGCAGGCAAAAGGACCACGCACUCAUGACCAACUUCAGGAACAGCCUGAAGACUAAGGUUUCGGAUCUGACAGAGAAAUUAGAGGAGAGGAUCUAUCAGAUUUAUAAUGACCACAACAAGAUCAUCCAGGAAAAGCUCCAGGAGUUCACCCAGAAAAUGGCAAAGAUCAGCCAUUUGGAAACAGAGCUCAAACAAGUCUGCCACAGCGUGGAGACUGUGUACAAAGACCUGUGUCUCCAGCCUGAGCAGAGCCUAAGACUCAGACGGCCAGACCACUCUAGAGGAAAGUCCCCACCAUGUCCCAGCGACUCACAGCCCCCAGACGUGUUCGUUUCUUCUGUGGCUGAAACUACUUCUCAGGUGGUUACCAGUAAACUGACACCUUGGGGUCAGACACGUAGCUCUUUAUUUUCCUCUCCCUCACUCUGCUCCAACAUCCAGCAUAAGGCACUACCCCUAGGCAGGAGGCUGGGAGGGCACACUGUGAACUUGGUGUGA